CUCAUGUCCGGGUGAAGAAAAGAAAAAUCCUCCUGUUCCUGACUAUCGCUACCCCUCCACAUCCAGUGGCCAUGGUGAAGAAGCCCAACGACGUUGCCAAGGCCGCGGCGACCUCCGCCGACGCGGCAGCCAGGCCAUCCAAGGCGAAUCCGUCCACCCCUCAGUCGGUCAAGACCUCGAAGUUUAAGAAGCGGAAGGUCAAGGCCAACCGCCAGAAGCCAGCGGUCGCUGCUGCAGCUGUUGACGAUGUCGCCCCGGUAGGCGCAGGCACUGGGGAUGGCGAUGCAUCUGCAUCCGCGGUUUUACCGCAGCCAUCCAAUGUUGCUGAGGCAUCGCCUGUGGUGCAAACGCCAAAGUCGACCACUUUUGUUGAGGCGUCACCUGUGGUACAGACGCAGAAGACAGCCACUGAUGCUGAAGUACCGGUGCAUUCACCAAUGCCAGCCACUGCUGAAGCAUCAGCUUUGUCGCCAAAGCCAAAGCCAAAACCAGCUCAUGCUAAUGCUGAUGCUGCAGCUGCAAUUUCUGUCAGCAAGGGCAAGGGCGUGGGUGCUGAUAAUAGCGGGGGUGAUGGCAGAAUGAAGAGCAGAAAAGAGAGGGCUAGGAGUGGCAAGGGGAAGGAGGUUUUGGGGGAUGGAGGAAGUAAGGGAAAGGGGAAGGGGAAGGGGAAGAAGGCUGUAGGCAAGAAGGAAGAAAGGGGUGACCAUAAGGUUGCAGGGUUUAUAUUUAUGUGCAAUGCAAAGACUAAGAAGGAGUGCUACCAGAAUCGCUUGUUUGGGAUGCCUGGUGGGAAGAUUGGAAUGGUCAAGAAGAUAAGGCCAGGGGUGAAGCUGUUCCUGUAUGAUUUUGACCUCAAGCUUUUGUAUGGUGUGUACAAGGCAGCAUCACAUGGGGGGCUAAACCUUGUCCAAGGAGCAUUUAGUGGGAAGUUCCCUGCACAGGUUAAGUUUAAGAUUGAUAAAGAUUGCCGUCCUCUCCCUGAGAGUAGUCUCAAGCAAGCCAUCAAGGAAAAUUACAGUGCAAAGAGCAAAUUUGACCCAGAACUCACCACAAAACAGGUCCAAAGGUUACUUUUGCUGUUUAAGCCUCUUAGUGCACCUCAAUCUGUUCCAAAUAAUCACUUUGAAGAAAGGCGUCACUAUGAAGAACAAAGGAAGCCGUAUUAUCAUUUUGAAGAAAGGCUUCCUCUGUUGCCUAUUGAAGAAGUGCGUCAGCCACGGUUUGAUGAUGAAAGGCGCCCUGCAGUUAGACAUGUUCCUCUUGAGGAUCCAUAUAGGGCACAAGCACCACGCUUUGCUCCAGUUCCUGUUGAGUCUCAGCUUGGCCAUUCGUUGGCUAGUGCUCAGGGUGAUCAUGGCAGAUAUUAUCAACCACCAGCACUUGCGCCUGAGCCUCGACACAUUCCUCUUGUUCUAGAGCCUCGCUAUGUUCCGCCAGCCCAUGUGCCUACUGUGCCAGAGCUUCAACAUGUCCCAGCUGCAUAUUAUCGCACUUCGGCUCCAUCUGGUGAUUCAUACUAUCGGCCUGUUGAUAAUCUGGUGCCUGAGGGGUAUGCAGACAGAAUUGUGGCAAACAUAACCGCUAGAGAUCCAAUCAUUAGUGAUCACACAGCACUGCCAGUGGAAGCCUCUGCUCGACCAGACCGCUUGGAUGAUCUCUACCGGAUUCGUGGUGCUCAUGUGGAGGAGCUGUACCGUCCACGGGAAAUUGCUGAUCGUGCGGGGAUCACUGCUAGAGCAGAUCGUGUGGAGGAACUCUACCGUUAUGAUCGACUUGCUAACCGUGCUGUGGACCCCCCUCAUUCAGCCUACCUUACAACUGCUUACGAGAAUAACCCUGCUUAUGCUGAAACAAGCGUUAGGCCUAUCUCAGCAAGGGUUGGUGGCUCCGGUGCGCCAGUUUCGUCACUCUAUUCGUUUUCUGGUGGUCCAGUAUAUCGGUGAUGAGUGAUCAUGGCUAGCUCUGUUGAAAAGCCUUAGCCAGACUAAGAAGACAUGAUGUUCGUCUCUAUAACUGCAACUGCCGUUUUACCUUGGCUUCGACUCUGUAUUUUCUUAAAUAUCCUUCACUGGAUGAAUGGUACUCUUCGUUAUCAAGAAGACCUGCUGGUCUAUGCUGUUGAAUU